GGAGAGUUGAAGAGUUCAUUGAUCCAGGCGCUGACAUCACUUUCUACAGCCGUUUUCACAAUAUGGAAAUAAUGGCUGGUUCCUAUAUCGCAAAAAACACAAUGUGGGCGCGGAGUUUCUUGCAUGUUCUCGCAAAUCAUUACAAGGUGCAUCCUGAUGUAAUCCGCAGAUCUGACAAUUUUGAUCUUAUGGUACACUUAGCAGAGCUUCUGUCAAGGGGUAAUAACACGGAAGUUCUGCAAUGUCUGAACAUGAGAAAAGUGGGCGUAUUUGUACAGUGUGUGAGAAUACUGUUCGAAUUUAAUUCCGAGCAUUUAAAAAUAUACCCACGAGGUGAAGCAUGGGCUCGCGACAUAUGGCUGACGACCAGCUUCUGGAGUGAGCAACGCGAUUUUAUGCUGCAUGGUUGCAAGGAAAACACAAAAGCGACUGGUACUAGUGAUUAUGUGCACAUUUUCGAGAACGCGCAGAAUGCCGCAUGGCACAACCCUAUUGCGGGUCCUAUGAAUUUUAGCGAAUGCAGAAUUGGGUAA